AAAGAUGCUCCUCACAGUUGAAUAAGUCUGGACUUGUACACCAGGGUAUUGCUAGGCGGACCUUGCCAGAGAAAUCAAGUCAAAUAGCAGAUUUCAGCAGAAAAAGGGUUACUCACAAGCCUCAUUUGCAAGAAGAGGAACUGUGGAAAAAGUAUGAGUUAGCUGCAAAAGAUGGAAAUGACGCGGCAACAAAUACACCAAUCUUGUUUACUACAAAUUGGGAUGCUGAUGAUUCUGGAACUAUGAGUGAUGAAGCUGAUACCAGCAAUGAUGGUGACAUGGGAAAUGAUAUGCAUGAUUUUCAUGAUGGUGCAAAUGGUGCAGAUGAAUUAAUGGGUAAUGAAUAUCUGGAAAGUGAAGAAUCCCAGGAUAGCCAUGGCUUUGCAGGUACCUCAAAGACCAGUAAGCACAACAAUGCAACUGAAUUAGUUGAUGAAAAUCUGGAAAAUGAAGAAGUGCGGGGUAACCAUGACCUUACAGCUACGUCCAAGACUAGACCUCAAACAGGUGAAAAGCGCAGGGUCCGUGGGAAAAAUAAAUGCAAGGAAGUAGCUGAUCUCAUGGAGUCCCAAAAAAUUAAAGUCCGGUUUUACAAUAACCGUGCACUUUCCAAAAGUUUUGCACGACACUUGGGUAGAAUUGUCCGUAAUCCUAGAAUUACCCCGAUGAGGGUAAAGGAAUGGUCCAAUAUUACUGAUGCAGCUCGGAAACAUAUAUUUGAUGCAAUUAAGGACAAGUUCGAAAAUAUUGACGACAACAUUGCAAUAGAUGUGUACAAAGAUGAGAUAUUAGACCAUGUCAAGAAACUUUGGAUCAACUGGCGUGGAGACUUGCACCGGCAUUUUGUGAAACCCAACAAGACUAUGCAGGAGGCUAUGAAAAAGGUACCUAAAGAUAUUCCAAAGGAUGACUGGGAAUGGCUUGUCAAGGAGCAUUUUUCAGCAGGGAGUUUCUGAAAAAUAGCAAGAGAAACACCCAAAACAGAGCUAACCUCAAAAUGCUUCACCGAUCUGGCAGUAAACCCUUUAGACUGAUAAUUUGGGACAUGGUACAUGCUUUGACUUCUCUUGUUUUUCAUUUCCAAUAAUAUAAGAUCAGUGUGAGUUGUCUUGCCAUUUUGUUUCAACUAAUAAUAGUCAAUUGCCUAUGUUGGAACAGGGAGGAAAGGAAAACAAGCCACCGAGUAUGGAUAAACUAUUUUCAGAGACACACAAGAAGGGUACAGACUUCCCUGAUUCUACAACCUCCGCCAAACAUGUAAGACUUAAUUUAACAUUCAUAACUUCCAUAAUGAACAUCACGUGUACAAUUCCUACUUAGAGAUAGAAGUUUAUGCAAAUAACUUACUGUUGGCACUUCAGGCACAAAUUAAG